UACAGCCACCGGAGGCAGAAGCUUGGCGUCACCCAGAUGCACUCAUAGAUUGCAAUGAGGCGUCUCGUCAUUCUUGAUAGCAAGGGCCGAGAUUGGAGCGCGGAACCUACACACUACGCUGCCUCUGAGAAUUCAGGUCCUCCACCAAAAUCACUGUGCACCACUAAGCAUGCACACGAGUCGUGUGCUAACUGUCCGAUGGCCCCGUUCAGCGGACGGUUUUCAAGUGGGAGCGACGACGAGGUUAUUAUGAUUUGGUGGGGUCUUGAUCGCACGCCACUGUCGACUUCGAGACAUACAACUCACCUCGGGUCCCAGCUCUGCCUACGAAAAGACUACCUGGUCAUGAAAGUGUUAAGGCACCCUCACCGACUCACUUCUUCGAAUACAAACCGUACAUCUAGAUGUAAUGGAUAUUACUUGGGCUCCCCGAAGACCGAUGUAUAUCAUCCGUUUGGCUCGAUUCUAAGAGUAUUAUUUGGUGCGGCUAUACAGCACAUCCGAAAGCUGGACCAACACAAUGGCUUCGUUGAGGGCAUAUGCUUUUACCCUGUUGGAGAGUUCAUGGCUACUCAACCGGAUGGCAAGUUUGAAAAUAUGGUGGACGACUGAUUGGGAUGGGGAUGCUCUUCUUUCUGGAAACGAGUAAUCUUUGAGAAAACUCCUAAUGUCGUUUCGUUUGCAAGUGGAAAACUUCGCAUCGCCGUUACAGCGACGUGCUGUUCGAAGACGGACGUCAGACUAGAAUGGCAGCAUGGUGUCAUGGCGGUGAACCGGCAGAUACUAC